GGCGAGGCGGCGGGCUCGGUGGCGGCGUGGCCGGCGCGGCCGUCCGGCCUCCCGAUGUCGCGCGCGGGCGCCGAGUACUCGCUGCGCAGCCUGGGCGGCGCCAUGGGCGAGGCGGGCGAGCGCAGCCUGCUGGCGGGGCCCGCGCUGGAGCGCGCGGCGCGGCGGCGCUUCCAGCAGGGCGAGACCCCCGGCGUGGUGUACGCGGCGGCCGCCUGCUCGGCGCUCGGCGGCUUCCUGCUGGGCUACGACACGGGCGUGGUGUCGGGCGCGCUGCUGCCGCUGCGCCGCCGCCUGCGCCUGUCGCCGCUCUGGCAGGAGCUGCUGGUGUCCGGCGCGGCGGGCGCGGCCGCGGGCUCGGCGCUGGCCGGCGGCGCCCUCAACGGCGCGCUGGGCCGCCGCGCCGCCGUGCUGCUGGCCAGCGCGCUCUGCGCGGCCGGCUCGGCGCUGCUGGCCGCGGCCGGCGACAAGGAGACGCUGCUGGCCGGACGCCUGGUCGUGGGGCUGGGCAUCGGUAUCGCCUCCAUGACGGUGCCCGUGUACAUCGCCGAGGUCUCCCCGCCCAACCUGCGCGGUCGCUUCGUCACCGUCAACACCCUGUUCAUCACGGGCGGGCAGUUCUUCGCCAGCGUGGUGGACGGCGCCUUCAGCUCUCUCCCCGACAACGGCUGGAGGUACAUGUUGGGGCUUGCAGCCAUUCCUGCUGUGAUACAGUUCUUUGGCUUCCUCUUUUUACCUGAAAGUCCUCGGUGGCUCAUUCAGAAAGGACAGACUCAAAAGGCCCGCCGGAUUCUGUCUCAGAUGCGUGGAAAUCAGACCAUAGAUGAGGAAUAUGACAGCAUCAAAAACAACAUUGAAGAGGAGGAGAAGGAGGUCGGCUCAGCUGGACCUGUGAUCUGCAGAAUGCUGAGUUACCCCCCAACUCGCCGGGCUUUGAUUGUGGGGUGUGGCCUGCAAAUGUUCCAGCAGCUCUCGGGCAUUAACACCAUCAUGUACUACAGCGCCACCAUCCUGCAGAUGUCCGGCGUCGGGGACGACAGACUCGCCAUCUGGCUGGCCUCCGUCACUGCCCUCACCAACUUCCUCUUCACGCUGCUGGGCGUCUGGCUGGUGGAGCGGCUGGGCCGCAGGAAGCUGACCUUUGGGAGCCUGGCAGGGACCACCGUAGCUCUCGUCGUCCUGGCUCUGGGGUUUCUGCUGUCGGCCCAGGUGUCUCCACACAUCACUCUCCAGCCGGGGGCUCCCUCGGGCCAGAACACUACUUGUACGAGAUACAGUUUCUGUGACGAGUGCAUGCUGGACCCCGAGUGUGGCUUCUGCUACAAGAUGAACAGAUCCACCAUCACUGAGUCGUCCUGCGACCCCAUUAACAAGGCGUCCAUGAGCGAGGCAGCCUGGGGCCGGUGUGCAAAUGAAACCAAGUUCAAAACAGAAGAUGUAUUUUGGGCUUACAAUUUCUGCCCCACCCCUUACUCCUGGACUGCUCUCGUGGGCCUCAUUUUAUAUCUUGUUUUCUUCGCACCUGGAAUGGGACCAAUGCCUUGGACUGUGAAUUCUGAAAUCUACCCCCUCUGGGCAAGAAGCACAGGAAAUGCAUGUUCAUCUGGAGUGAACUGGAUUUUUAACGUCCUGGUUUCGCUGACGUUUUUACACACAGCAGAAUACCUGACAUACUACGGCGCCUUCUUCCUUUACGCUGGGUUUGCUGCUCUGGGACUCCUCUUCGUCUACGGCUGUCUUCCAGAGACCAAAGGGAAGAAGUUAGAGGAAAUUGAAUCUCUCUUUGACCACAGGCUUUGUACAUGUGGUGCUUCGGAUUCCGAAGAAGGGAGGUACAUUGAAUACAUCCGGGUGAAGGGGAGUAACUACCAUCUUUCUGACAACGAUGCUUCUGACGUGGAGUAGCUGUCCCUGUGCCGUCCUUCACUGUCAGAGGGGCCUGGGGUAAGAGCAGCAAAUGUGGCCUCACUGCCCUGCUUCUCAUCCGGCUCUUUCCAACCCGCCGGAGUGACUUCAGGAGGAGACAACUGCCCACACAGAAGACACAGAAAUAAUAUCUGCAAAGACUUCAAACUACAUAAUCUAGAACAAAUGUGUGAUUCCUUCCUGAGUUCAGUGAGUAUCAUAUCCAGUGACUUCAGUGAUACCCCAUGUCUCUCUCAGUGCCCAGUCAGUGCUGAUCUAAGUCCUGUACGGUGUGGCGCGGAGUGCGUCACGUCACGCUCACCUCCUGACCCUGCGGUUCCCUGAGGACAGUAGCUGGGCUGUGACCAGCUGUGAGAAGUGCCAUUCCACCUGUCAUCAGCAGAUCCCGAGCACCUUUUAUAAGGGUACCAUCGUCCGUUUCUCCUUUGACUUACACAUUUGGGUUUCUUUCUCCAGUUCAGAUCUGAGUGUUCUUCAGAAACUUCAUGGACUCUUUCGAACACUGUAAAAAGCAGGUAUUUGAAGGAUUAUUUUCUUACAUAUUUUUUGCAUCAGUGAUAAGUGUACAUUUGCACAGAGAAGCUUAGCAAGCUACAGCAAGUAUUUUUAUUGCUAGAUUUUUAUGGAUUUCUGAUUGAAGUGAUCACAUAAUUGUAAACACAAAAUAGUGCCAGAUCUUUACCUGUACUUCAGGGUCAGUGUGUGUCCAUGCCCAAAUCAGCGACGGUCAGCAUGCCUUCAUCCGUGACUCUAGAGUCCUACUCUCUGUGCCUUCGCUGUGUUACAGGAAUAGCAUCAAGCAGUCCUGUAGUUCUCUUCUUUUAGCUGUAUUCAUGGAAGUAAAAAGCAAGAAGUAAACCUGAUAUUACUGAUCUUCAGUCAGAUAGUGGGGCUUCCUUCUUAGCUUUUUUCAUGCUCAUCCUAAAAGAAUCAUCACAUUUAUGAUUUAGUAGUACUGGUUUUUAUUUUGUUCACUCUCACUUUCCCGAACAAAAUGGGAGCGGGGGUCAAAGUUCACAAAUAUGUUGGUCUGUUUCUUUCUCAUAUACUUGAUUUGGAUUAUUAUCAAUAUUGAGAUUUUUUUGUUGAAGCCAAUAAUUCUUACGUAGCACAUCUCAUAAAAUGCCAACUUCCCCACCAUUCUACAAAGUAAUGCUCAUUCAUCAGUGAACCCUCAUUUCUGCUCUUACAUUAGAAAUUGCAUAAUAUGUGUAAAAAUUCCAUAAAGCUUAUGUCAGUUACAGUGGAAAUACAAAUGAGUUUUCUGUGGUAGGUUAGAAAUGCCUGUUUGGUGCAUUUAACAUGGGGUCAGGGAGCUAAUGAGGUACUCCUUGGAAUUAAAAGGUGGGUCUCUCUACAUUCAACAUUUCUGCCUGUGUUCAAGAUGUCUUGUUUCACUUUGGGGGAGCAGGUGGGGGAAGAGAGAACCACAUUUGGCUGUGCUCAGAGUUUACCCAGCCUUGUGCUCAGGAAUCAUUCCUGGGAUUGUUCACGGGACGACAGGUGGUGCUUGAGCUAGAACCCAGCUUGCCUGUGUGCAAGGCAAGUGCCCUGCCUGCUGUACUAUCUCUCCAGCCCUUGUUUUUAAAUCUGGCUUGUUCCUUUCAUAGUAAUCAAAGCUGAGAAUACUACUAAGGAAGUUCAUUCUCUUAACCUGUGCUGGGGUGUAUUAUGUGCUUAAAUGGGCAAUUAACUGGCCAAAAAAAAAAUCCUUUAACAACCAAAAAAAAUUUUCUCCUUUUAAUCAUUUAAUAGAGUAGGGGCUGGAGAGAUGGUGUGGGGGCCCAAUGCUUGCCUUGAAUGCUGCCCUUCCCAGCAGACCCCAGCACUACAUUUGUUACCCCGAUACUACGAGGAGUUAUUCCGUAGAACAGCCAGGAAUAUUCCCUCAGCACAUCUGGGUGGAGCCCAAAUAAUUAUUUCAUAUAAUAAAUUCAUUAUUUUUAAUAUUUUAUUUCUUGAAUUAGCUGCUUUAAUGAUUCCCAAGGGAAUCCCUAGAAAAGAUGUGAUUUAAUAAUGAUUAUUUCCUUGAUACUUGUACUCCACAAAAAAAUUUUUAACUCUGCAAUAGGUAAAAGGCAAAAAAUAACUGUAAUGGAGGAAAAUCAAAACAUGAUGAGGGGAACUAUUCUAGUUCAGUAUCAUCUUCAAAGAUCCUCUUCAAAGAUGCUUUUCCAUUCACCCAGACGGCUGCCUCAGUUCUGUUUAUUAUAUAUACAGCCUUAACUUUACACUUGCUUAUAUGACCAGCUAGGCUGGAUGCACAGGAACUUGACUAUUUCCUAAAUCAGGACAUGGCUAAUGUAGCAAAGGGUAUUUUUAACUUUAUAUCCACAGAUACACAUGAUUCCAGGGAAAAUUAACCAGUUUCUCCUCCCUGAGUCUCCUUGAUCUUGAUCUUUCUUUAAAGAACUAUUUGUUACUUAAUAAGAAAGAUAAUAUUCCAUAUAUCUUUGAAGUAUGACAGAGCACAAUGUAACAUAAUUUUUAGUAAAAAUCAAAUUACUACUUGAAGAAAAGGAACCUAAUAAAAUUGGGUGUUAUUUUUAGGUAAAAGUAUUUAUAGAAUAUUAGAAGCUCCAUGUCAUAGUUUUUCAGUUUCCAAAUGCCACACACCUUUUAGGGUCACAGCACCUCUGGUUACUGUUUCAGUGUGAAAAUAACCCCAUCAUCUGUGUAGUGGGUAGAACAAUUGAUAUAUGUAUUUGACCUUUAUCUUGAAAUCCAUUAGACCUGAUGCUUUUAACUGAAAUUGUGUGUUUCUUUCCACGUACGCUCCCCAUGCGCUGAGUGUCCCUGUUCAGGGCAGUGCUGGGGAGGGAGGGUCCAGGCCCUGGCACUCGGCUGGCUGGACCACCCGGCCAGACUCACAGGAGUCCAGUGUCUCGCCCGCAGCCCGAGCACACACGGCAAGAUGGAUUGCCAAAGGGUUUUAAAGAUGAAAUACUAAUUUGACUUUACAUUUAAUUCUCCUACCUUCAUCACUGAUUACCCACAGUGUGAUUUUUAGUGUACACAUGGACGACAUAAGUCAGUCUAGGUUCCAUUCCCUAGGGGUUCCUCCCCAGAGGUGUUUCCUUGGAAAUUCUGUCCUGAGCCACAAGUAGAAACCGCUUCCUUGCUUGGAAAGUUCUAUGGGGGUACUUGCUAACCAACGGCUUUUUUAUAAUUUUUAAAAAUAUUUGUUUUGGGGGGGUCACACCUGGGGGUGCUCAAGGGUUACUCCUGGCUUUGCACUCAGGAAUUGGUCCUUGCAAUGUUUGGGGGAUCAUAUGAGAUGCCAAGGAUUGAACCUGGGUUGGCUGCGUGCAAGACAGAUGCCCUACCUCUGUACUGUCACUCCAGCCCUUCAUAAUUUUUUUUUAAUCACUAAACACAUUUCAGUAGAAAAAGAGUGAAAAUACUAGUUUAAAUUAUUGACUUUAAAAUAGGGUAUCCAUUAAAGCAGAUGACUUAAAUAUUCUUACUGUAAUUUCAAACAGAAUUUGUAUUAUCUGAAAGAAAAAUAGGAAAAUUUACAACUUUGUCCUUUUGCUUUCUAUUAGAAAGAAAAACUGAAUUAUUGUUAAUAAUACAUAGAUUCUGAAGGACGCCAUGCUAGAAAAAUACUGUCCCUAGGUUAUCUGAGAGAGUCGCCCAGAGCCAUAACAUUAGUGGACAGCACCUCUAGACAGCAGGUGGGCACUCACUGUGACUUGUCCUCAUCAGCAUAUCGGAUGAGUAAAUUUGGUGUUUUAUUAUAAUCUGGGUCCUGGUUGUAAGACCUAAAAUUAUGGGCAGGGUGAUAGUUCAGCAGGUUGGGCUCUAGCCUUGCACACAGCUGACCCAGUUCAAUCCCUGAGACCCCACGUGGUUCCCCAAACCCACCAGGAGAUUUCUGAGUUCAGAGCCAGGAGUAAGCCCUGAGCACUGCCAGGCGUAGCACCCCCAACCCCCCCACCUGCCAAGUCUAAGAUUAUGUAAAGAACUAACAACCUCCCUUCGUUUAUGUACAUUUUCAGUUACCUAAUUUAGACCUUUUUGCUUAAUGAAAUGUUAGCUGACAUACCAGGCCAGGAGCAGAAAAAAGGCUAUGUGCUUUGUAUCAAAAUGUAUUGCAUUGUAGGUACCCUACAAAGAAAACGUGUAGCUGCUCCCUCCAAAGGCCCAGAAUUAUUCUCUGAAAAUGUAAAAUUUUCAAAAUGUAUUUAACUGAAGAUAAACUGCAAAGAGAAGAUGUAGCUGUUUCCUUCAGAGGCCCCAGAAUUGUUCUCUGAAUUAACUUUAGUGGUCUGUUUUCUGUUACUUUCUGUUCAGUUUUCUUAGCCUCCUGUACAGUACUGUCCAGCUAAUUUGAUGAAUUGAUUUAGCUCUAUUGCCCUAUCUAUUAGCUGUCUAUUCAGAGUGAACUCUAUUGCUAUUUCCUGGAAACAGCACUCAUUUUUAAAUGUGAGACCAGCUACCUGCUACCAACUCUGUAGGGUCUCUCAUAAAGGAAAUGUUUUAAGUGCCAGUGUUCAUUACAUGUUUUCUAAGAGUGUUAACGACGUUCAGAAUGCAGCACAUAAGAUCACUUUAGCCUCUUUUUACUUUUUUAUAUAAAACAAUAUUCUCAUAAAUGUUCAUGUGUAUAAGAGUGUUAUACUUGAGUGAUUUGAUUUAAGGAAUAAUACAUACCCAUCUUUCAUGAGUGCUAUUUAGACAUCUUUAUUUCAGUGUAUGAAUAGAUUUGUCCUUUUUUAUUUUAAUUUAGAAAGAAAAAUAGACCAUGCCGCUUGCAAGUACCUAAAUUUUAUUUUUUAUUUAUUUAUUUUUGCUUUUUGGAUCACACCCAGCGAUGCACAAGGGUUACUCCUGGCUCAUGCACUCAGGAAUAACUCCUGGUGGUGCUCAGGGGACCAUAUAGGAUGCUGGGAAUCGAACCCGGGUCAACCACAUGCAAGGCAAACACCCUACCCACUGUGCUAUCGCUCCAGCCCCCAAGUACCUAAGUUUUAAAGUAAACAAUUUGUAGUCAUUUCAUUUGAAGAUUUUUAAAAAAUGAGAACAAAUGCUAACCCAAGUAGAGAAUUCUGUCUUUUGAACUAUAUCUUAAUUGAUGUCAUGAUACCUUUUAUUUAUAAUGUUCCAGUUUCUAUUUAGAACAAUGUACAUCUAGACUUUUUUAAGUUUUAUGCUUUAACUGUUAUUUCAAAAUGUGUAUUUUCAUUUCUGAUUGCAUGUUAUAUAUUAUAGUGUUUAAUAUUUCAUAUGUCAAAGUAUUUAUUACUAUAAUGACAAAUAGAAUAUCUCUUAAAUAUGAUUAUCCAUUUCUUCAAAAUUGUUCUAUCUUACAGCUGUAUCUAAAGCAUUAUAUAUUUUAUGGAGUGAUGUAUAUGUAAAUGUUUUUUAUUUUAUUGAAUUUUAGCCUUUACAUUAAAUAUAAAUCUUUUUUAAAAAAGUGUCAGUGCCAGAAUUGUAAGUGAAAAUAAUAAAAGUUGAAACAA